GCGUGGCAUUAGCUCGAGUCGUCAGCACCAAGUGCAUCGAAGGGCACAAAAUUAAAAAUUCGGCUUUAAAUUAGUUCUUUAAAAUGUUUCGAAAUGUCGGCAAAUGUCUUGUUCAGUGUGUUCGAUCGAGUAUGUUACUCAACAAUAAAAGAUAUGCACCAGCUGGUUUACAAAUGUUGAGAUAUUCCUCCACACGGGAAGAAACAGAUGAUGAAUUCGAUGCUCGAUAUGAAGCAUAUUUCAAUAGACCCGAAAUAGAUGAAUGGGAAAUUCGAAAAGCUAUGAAUGACUUGCAAGGAAUGGAUUUAGUGCCAGAACCCAAAAUUAUUAUUGCUGCACUCAAAGCAUGCAGACGAUUAAAUGAUUAUGCUCUUGCUGUUAGGUUUCUAGAAGGUGUCAAGGAUAAAUGUGGCAGCCGUGUAAAAGAGAUAUAUCCUUACCUUUUGCAAGAAAUUCGACCAACAUUGGAUGAUUUAGGUGUCCUCACCCCUGAAGAAAUGGGUUAUGAUAAGCCAGAAUUGUACAUACCAGAUGUGUUUGAAAAGCCAUUGUUCAGGAAGAGAGAAUAAGAGAAACCUCUAGCUAGUUGAAGAAAGGUUUGAGAAUUAGAAAUUUUAUUCAAGAAUUAUCAAUUUUCCGUGCAAAAAAAAAGUGAUGCUACGCUAUUGUUAAAAAGAAAUAGCUAGUUUAUCUUCAUUUCAGUUUUGCAAAGUGUAUAAUUUCCUUUUUCAAUAAACAGUAAAAAGCUAAAA